UCCUCAUGCCCCUGAUUUCAUUUCCCCUUUCAACCAUUUUAUUCAAUUGUUAAUACAGAGCACAAGUAAUAGACAUAACUUUGUGUCAUUGAUUUCAAAAGAAUCUGGAUUUUCCUGUCCCCUUAUCAAAUUUCGGUUCUAGUUCACUCCGGUGCCUUGGGUUGGAGUUCCGCUUCAGCAGAGGCAGCCCAACUGGAGGCAACAAUUUCUUCCAUUCCUUAGUCAUAUUUGACAAUCUGCGCUGCAGUAAAUGAAGGCCUUAGUUGCAUCUCUUAGCUGGCAGACAUUUCUCAAUCCGAAUCGGACAGAAACCUUCUGGAUGAUCCUAGUUAAAGUCAGAUCAUAGUUCACUGAUCAGCAGUCGAGUUCAGCGAUGCCGCAGAAAAACGGCAACUUGGGAAGAUCCCGAGGUGCUCCUCAAAACAAGAGCAAGGACAACCGCAGGACAUCUGCUGAAACAAUCGGACAGUAUUCAGUGCCUCAAGCAACUCAGCAGUGGAUACUCAAUACCUUUUCGAAGUGUUUUCAUAUCGGAGACCCCAUCCAGUUCAAAGAGACACUUCAAGAAGUCAAGCACCAUUUAUACAACAGAGACUUUGCGUCUGCAUUUGGUAAACCGGAGUAUCUGGCGGCAUAUGCAGCACGUUGGUCUCCAAGUCGGGCAUUGGGCUAUCUAUGCGUCCUAAAUGAGCUCCACAGAGAUGGGCAGCUCCCACUAUCAACAGUUCAACGCAGAAAUACGACCGAUAAAGAUACGGAGAUGCCGGAGUUAUUCCAAACGCUUAACAUUGGAGGAGGGGCUGGUGCAGAACUGAUGACCUUUGCUGCGCUCGACCGGGACCGUAUCAAAAUGAAAGACGAAACAUUUCCCACAGAUGGUAUCGAGAUGCAACCUCCGGUGUGGUGCCCGCGAAUCUUGGAUCUUGCACCCUGGGAUCAUAUAUUGGAAGCCUUGGCUGCCCAAAUUAGUUCAGUGCAAAGUGGUGCCUCUGAUGAUCCUGGCGGCUCAUUCAACUACACGUUCCAUCAGCGCAAUGUGCUUGAAUUCGGAAAGAAAGAGCUAUCGCCCUUCCUCGAAGGCGUCAGCCUGAUUACCAUUUUAUUUACUUUGAACGAGUUGUUUACUGCAUCAUUAAGCCAAACGACCAAGUUCCUUCUCGACUUGACCAUGCUCACGGCACCCGGUACGAGGCUUCUCGUGAUUGAUAGCCCUGGCAGUUACUCGACCGUCUCUCUACAGGGCAAAGGAUCAGCUGUCGAAGACAAGGGCGGGAAAGAAUACAAGAUGGCAUGGUUGAUGGACCACAUACUACUGAAGGUUGCCCCAAGUUCUUUAUCUGACAGUGGGCGUGGUGAUCAAAAGCAAUGUUGGGUUAAAUCCGUCGACGAGGAAUCAAGGUGGUUUAGGCUUCCACCAGACCUAAAAUACCCAAUUCAGCUUGAAAAUAUGAGGAUGCAGAUCCAUUUGUAUAAACGAUGUAGCUAAGUUGCUAUGGAGCUUGAAAAGACAACUAAGCCUUCGAACGAAACCGACACAUUCCAUAUUAGCCAUCGUCUCGUUCAGAAUGCCACCUCCCAGAUACAAAUCCUCCCGAAUCCGGUCUCGCUGUCCUCCGAUGCCCACCCGAAUAGCAUGGUAAGUCUUUGAAAUAACAGGCGCUGUUCUAUGAUUUCCAGGUCGCUGACUGAAAGAAUUGAAAGCUCCGGGGCAGAAACCCCCAGUACCUGCUCCCAGGCUUGGGGGGAGAGAGUAAC